UUUUUUCGCAUUUUCGCUCAUUAACCGCUCACCGCACGGUCGUCGUUGUGCGUGUGUACGAUUUUUUCUCGUCAGCUCGCGCGCGCGUGCGUGUAUGUGAGUGUGUGUUUAGCUCAGUGUGCGCGCACGACAACGUUACGGUUUUCGCAAACGAGAUAUUCGCGCGACGGCGUUCAGACGUGUUGCAAUCGCAACGACGGCGAACCGGCGUUUGCGUGUUGACGACGAUUUUCCGUACACAGACAGUUGUAGACCACUCGUAUUCGCCUAGUGCAACCGUCGAAUCAGAAAUAGUUUUUGAACGCAUUCGUUUUGUAAGACGUUCACGACCACACGCAGCACACCGGUAUCUACCUACCCGGCAAAACCGCGACGGCUGUGACACGACCCAAAGAAACAUUUUGCUAUCGGUUCAAAAGAUAUCACUAGCACCACUGCAGCGGAAGCAGUAGGAGCUACUGCCGCCACUGGCGGUAAGUUUGCCGACGUCGUUUGUCUGUCGUGUCGUUAACGACAAAAGCAACCACGACGGCCGCCAUUACAAUUAUCAAAACGACGGUCGCCGCUAAGACGACCGCCGCAUCCACCACCACCAUUCUAUCAAAACGUCGACGACCACGAAGUUCAUUAUUAUACUUCAAAUGAUUUUGUGACUACUUUCGAAACGGAGGAAAAAAAGCGAACGUGAUAAAAUUUAGUCGGACAAUAAACAGUCUUCAAUUGCAACAAAACACUUUUUAAUCCAAAGUUAAUUGUCUAAUCACACAACUAACCCAAAACAGAUAAAAUGGCCACAAUAGACGGGCGACCUGCCCAAUAUGGGGUUACGUUGAAGCAGUUACGUGAACUCAUGGAACAUAGAGGCCGUGAAGGUAUCGCUAAACUGAACGAACUGGGUGGCGUUCAGGAUGUUUGUAAAAAGCUGUAUACAUCACCCAGUGAAGGAUUAAGUGGAUCUACUGCCGAUCUGGAGCACAGAAAAGAGACGUUCUCCUCAAAUACUAUACCUCCUAAACCUCCAAAGACAUUCAUGCAACUUGUCUGGGAAGCUUUGCAGGAUGUCACUUUAAUAAUUUUAGAAAUUGCUGCUCUCGUGUCAUUGGGAUUAUCACUUUACAAACCUGCGGACGAAGAAUCAAUGAGUGCAGAAGACGAUGAAGCAAAACAUGGAUGGAUUGAAGGAUUAGCUAUAUUAAUAUCUGUUAUAGUGGUCGUUAUUGUAACAGCAUUUAAUGAUUAUACGAAAGAAAGACAGUUUCGUGGUCUUCAAAAUCGCAUUGAAGGUGAACAUAGAUUCAAUGUCAUCAGGCAGGGCGAACUGCGACAAAUUUCCGUAGGAGAAAUAGUAGUUGGUGACAUUUGUCAGAUUAAAUAUGGAGAUUUACUGCCAGCCGAUGGUGUGCUAAUUCAAAGUAAUGAUUUGAAAGUUGAUGAAUCUUCUUUAACUGGUGAGUCAGACCAUGUAAAAAAAGGAGAAGCAUUCGAUCCAAUGGUCUUAUCAGGAACUCAUGUAAUGGAAGGCAGUGGAAAAAUGUUGGUCACUGCGGUAGGUAUAAAUUCUCAAGCUGGAAUAAUAUUCACACUCUUGGGUGCAGCAGUAGAUCAACAAGAGGAAGAAAUGAAGAAACAACGAAAAGAAGCCAAAAAACUAAAGACAAAAAAGAGUUUAACUGAUGAAGUACCACCUGCUAUCAAUAAUACUGAUAUUGGUAUGAAACAAAUGGAUAAGGGAGGUGAAACAGAUGAUGAUGCUGCUGGAGGCGGAGGACAAUCUGGUGAGUCAGAAGAGCCAGCAAAAAAAGACAAGUCCGUAUUGCAAGCUAAACUCACAAAGUUGGCCAUUCAAAUUGGAUAUGCUGGAUCAACAAUUGCCGUACUCACUGUGCUUAUAUUAGUAAUUCAAUUUUGUAUUCAUACAUUUGUUAUACAACAAAAACAGUGGAAGAACCAUUAUGCUGGUGAAUUUGUUCGUCACCUUAUUAUUGGUGUCACUGUCUUGGUGGUGGCAGUCCCUGAAGGACUUCCUCUCGCUGUUACUCUGUCUUUAGCAUACUCAGUCAAGAAAAUGAUGAAAGAUAACAAUUUGGUAAGACAUUUGGACGCUUGCGAAACUAUGGGUAAUGCCACUGCUAUUUGUUCUGAUAAGACCGGUACACUUACAACCAACCGAAUGACAGUUGUCCAGUCUUAUAUCUGUGAAGUUCUCAGUAAAACAAUGCCUCAAUUUGCAUCGAUACCAUCGAAUGUUGGGAAUCUGUUGGUGCAAGCAAUAUCUAUUAAUUCAGCGUAUACGUCUAAAAUUAUGCCACCUGACGAUCCCACCAGUGAACUACCUAAACAAGUUGGUAACAAAACUGAGUGUGCACUUCUAGGCUUCAUUCUUGCUCUUGGGAAAAAUUAUCAAACAUGGCGUGACGACAUACCCGAAGAAAUGCUGACACGUGUGUAUACAUUUAAUUCUGUACGAAAGUCCAUGAGUACUGUCAUUCCAAGAGAAGGUGGUGGCUACAGAUUAUUUACGAAGGGUGCAUCCGAAAUCGUACUAAAAAAAUGUUCAUAUAUCUACGGUCGAGAUGGCCGAUUGGAAAAAUUCACACGUGAAAUGCAAGAUCGUUUGGUGAGAAAUGUUAUUGAGCCCAUGGCUUCUGAUGGCUUGCGUACUAUUUCUGUUGCGUACAAAGAUUUCAUUCCCGGAAAAACCGAUUCACCUAACCAAGUGCACUAUGAAGGUGAACCUGAUUGGGAUUCUGAAGAUAGUAUAGUAUGCGACCUCACUGCACUGUGUGUAGUAGGAAUUGAAGAUCCUGUUCGACCGGAGGUGCCUGAAGCUAUUAGAAAAUGUCAGCGAGCUGGUAUUACUGUACGUAUGGUUACUGGAGACAAUGUAAACACAGCUCGAUCAAUUGCCACCAAAUGUGGUAUAUAUAAAACAGGUGAAGACUGGCUUGUAUUGGAAGGCAAAGAAUUUAAUCAACGAAUUCGUGAUGCUAAUGGCGAGGUUCAACAGCAUUUAUUGGACAAAGUGUGGCCGAAAUUGAGGGUAUUAGCUAGGUCAUCACCAACCGAUAAAUACACGCUGGUAAAGGGUAUAAUUGACAGUAAAGUGAGUGAAAGUCGUGAGGUAGUAGCAGUAACCGGUGACGGUACCAAUGAUGGUCCUGCAUUGAAAAAAGCUGACGUUGGAUUUGCUAUGGGUAUUGCUGGAACAGAUGUAGCCAAAGAAGCUUCAGAUAUUAUAUUAACAGAUGACAACUUCAGUAGUAUUGUUAAAGCAGUGAUGUGGGGUCGUAAUGUUUACGACAGUAUUGCUAAAUUUUUACAAUUUCAGUUGACUGUGAAUGUGGUAGCCGUUAUUGUUGCAUUUAUUGGAGCAUGUGCCGUCCAAGACAGCCCGCUAAAGGCCGUUCAAAUGUUGUGGGUGAACUUGAUUAUGGACACGUUAGCCUCGUUGGCGUUGGCCACGGAGCUGCCUACGUCCGACUUGCUAUUGAGAAAACCGUAUGGUCGUACGAAGCCUCUGAUAUCGCGCACCAUGAUGAAGAACAUCAUCGGCCAGGCCGUCUACCAACUGACAGUUAUCUUCUCACUGUUGUUCGCCGGCGACAAGAUGCUGGACAUACCAACCGGUCGUGGAGCCGAAUUCGGCUCAGAGCCCACACAACACUUCACUGUCAUUUUCAACACAUUCGUCAUGAUGACGCUGUUCAAUGAGAUCAACGCGCGUAAGAUCCACGGCCAGCGCAACGUGUUCCAGGGAUUCUUCACCAACCCGAUAUUCUACAGCAUAUGGAUCGGCACCGUGUUGUCGCAAGUGUUCAUUAUCCAGUACGGCAAGGACGCGUUCAGCACCAAAAGUCUCACGUUGGAGCAGUGGAUGUGGUGUUUGUUGUUCGGGUUUGGCACCUUGCUGUGGGGUCAGAUAGUCACCACCGUGCCUACCCGCAAAAUUCCGAAACUUCUUUCAUGGGGACGUGGACAUCCAGAGGAGUACACCAACGCUAUAAACCUAGGUGAAGAGAACAGAUACGAUCCCGAUUCUGGGCAAAAGCCGCGGGCCGGCCAGAUCCUGUGGAUCCGCGGACUGACCAGGCUACAGACUCAGGUGAUAGGCGGUGAAUUGCAAGAACGUUUGAUUCCGGUCCCAUACAGCAAGAGCUCCACUGACCAAGCUAUACGAGUGGUUAACGCUUUCCGGCAGGGUCUGGACGCACGUUACGGCGAGUCGCUUGCCGAAGUGUUGCGCAAACAGCCGUGCUUCAGCAAGAGACUGUCCGCGGCGACGGGCGGCGGCGGUUCGUCGUCCAACACCGGCGGCGGAGGUGGCGGCGGCACUGGCACAGGUGGAUCCAUCGAAUACGCCGAUAGCGACAACGCGAUCAGCGUCCCCCACAUCGACGUCGAACGUCUAUCGUCACACAGCCACACGGAAACGGCCGUGUAAAUUAUUUUUAUUACUAAUUAUUAUUAUUAUUAUUAUUAUUAUUAUUUUACAUUUUCUUUUCGUCGGGCGAAAAAUACGACAUUUAUACCUAAACAUUAUCGAAAUCGAUUCGUUCGUUUCCUCCCUCUCGUACCAAAUCACACACGAGCUUUUUAUCAUUUCUUGUAGUGAAUUUUUCAUUUUUCAUUCACAGUCGGUACAUAUAAUAUCAUAUAUAUAUAUAUAUUUACCGUCCAGCAGUUAACUCGUUAUUAUUAUUAUUAUUAUUUUUUUUUUUUGAGACCUUAAAUUUAUUUGAGGAUCACUAAGCGUUUUAUUUUAAUCGACAUAAUUUUAUGAUUUUAAUCCUCCGAAUUUUGCCGUGUCGCGCGAUAAACUAGCUCGCCAUUUUAUUCGUUCCACUUCUAUAUACUACUACUAAUAAUAAACAAAAAACAAAUCCCCCAAACCAAGUACGUCAACAAACGUCGUUGUUGUUUAAUAUUCACAUCACCUAUAUUUAUAUGAUACGAUAGUAUAAUAAUAUGCGUGCUGUAUAUUCAUUAUGAAAUAUACGUAUUGCUAAUAUUUUAAUUUCAACUAAAAACUCGUUACGUGCCUUAUACAAACAACAAUAGUUUAUAAUAUUAUUGAAAUAUUAAACGUAUUACGUACAUUUAUUAUUAUAUACACGUAUUAUAUUAUUAUUAUCGUCACGUUAUAUAUUAUAUUUGCCGCGCGGCAUAGGAGGGUUAGCUUAUAUCGUUGAUUCGUCAUAUACCUAGUUUUAUCGUGAGUACGAAUAAUAAACAAUUUAAUUUAAUCAAAUCUGCAACUAUUAUACCAUUCCGACUUGUCCGUUCGUCGUAAUAAUAUUGUUUAUUCUAAUAGUAUUGUUGUAUUGAUCAAGCGUUUGAGCAGCUCCCCCGUGUGUACAUCGCAAAGUACAAAAUAUUACAAAAAAUUAACCAAAUGCCGUAUGGUGAUAUAAUUUUAAUAUUAUAUUCUUUUUUUUCUCUGUGCCCUUUUUGACUAAGUUCUACUCUAUGAUAUUAUAUAUUACGAUAAGUGUGUUGUGUGUGUUCCUUUCGCUAAUUCUCGUAAAUGGCAUUACCUAAGCAUCGUUAAAAAAACAAAAAUAAAAUUAAUAAUAAUAAUAACAAUAAUAAUGAUAUCAAUAAUAACUGACUUCGGAACACGAUUUAUAUAAUAUAUAAUAUAUAUGCUAUUUAUAUAUAUACUGCCGCCGACGUUGCAUUUAUCAUAAAUACUAAACAUUUUUUAUUAUCGACGCAUUGUAGAAACUCUCGGAAUGUGUUCUCUUAAAUACAUAAAUAAAUCUACUACUAUAUUAUAUUGUUAAUCCACAAUUAUAUCGCAUAUAUAAUGCCGUGUAUUUGUAUACAUAAUAUUAUAUAUCCCUAUCAUUACAUUUAUUUCGUUGGUAAUAAUAAAAAUAAA